AGAACCUCAUUCCGUAUAUGCAAUACCUGUUUCAAAAAACACAUUCAGAAAUAUAGACAUUUCUAUAGCGUUCUAAAGUAAAUUUGCGGUAGUGAUUGUAAUCCUUAAAAAUUAGUACGCAGCUUAUAAAAAAAAAGCAACGAAAGAAACAUACGGAUUAACUUUCUUGCUUGUCAUUCACUUGACAUCGACAUGACAAAUACAAAUAGCGAUUAAAUGCUUUUUUACCAUUAGAUUAUCCGCAAAGCUGAUUAUUAUUCAAAACACUAGUAACAUAUACGUAUGAAUUCAAGCGUAUCUAUAGCAUUAUCAUCUACAAUAUAUUGCACUUAUUAUAAAUGCAUUCAUUUUAUGUUUCUACAAUGAGUUAUGUGUUAUAUAUGUAUGCUAUGCAGACAUCUAAAAUCGCCAGUCUGUAAUCGUAUGCAAUUACGUGGCAACAGGAUAUAAUAUCGAAAGGGUGCGUUUAUUUAAUUAAAAUUAAUGUUAAUUAGAGACUAACUCGAAAUUUAAAUACUAAAACGAGUAAAAGACAAAUUUAAAAAUAAAAAAUGCGAGUGUUAUCAGUCAUUUUUCUUUGGUUGUACUAUCUGUCAGUUUGUAAUGGAUAUCGUUUGCUCGGAAUAUUUCCCUUACAAAGCAAGAGUCAUUUUAGCAUGUUCGAACAACUGAUGAAGGGCCUGGCCAGGAAGGGCCAUCAGGUCGACAUAGUCAGCAGUUUUCCAUUGGAGAAGUCUUAUCCAAAUUACACUGAUCUCGUGACACUACCAAUAACUAGAGAGGUGGUGAACAAACUUUCCUAUGCUGAAAUGAAGAACUUUACUAUGAAUCCGACAUACGUUAGUGGGACAGUAGGAAAUGAAGUUUGCGAACAUUUAGGAAACACGAAAAUAAAAGAGCUAGCGCAACCAAAGUAUCCGUCUUACGACGCAGUUAUAAUGGAGGUUUUUGCUGCGCAAUGUUUCAGUAUCAUCGCUUACUUAUUGAAAAUUCCUAUGAUCGGAGUUAGCACUACAGGAACGCUGUACCCGUGGCUACCUCAUAUAAUCGGUCAACCUGAAAAUCUAGCCUUCGUGUCGAAUAAUAUUUUAGGUUUCACCACCCCUAUGAAUUUCUGGCAACGACUAUGUAACGUCUUGCGCACAUUCUACGACAAAUGGUUUUUUGAUUACUUGACGACACGGGUGCAAGACAGGUUGAUAAGAGAGAACUUCGGACAGGACAUGCCGAGUGUACGGGAAUUGGAGAGGAAGCUGUCGCUGAUCCUCAGUAAUUCUCACAUCACGCUAGAUGGGAUACAGCCGAAGACACCUGCCGUGGUGGACGUGGGAGGGCUCCAUAUCCAUGCUGAAAAUCAAACGUCGCAACUCGAACUAAAGAAAUGGAUGGACGACAGUAAAGAUGGUUUUAUAUAUUUCACGUUUGGCUCGAUGGUGACGAUAGAGACGUUUCCACACGAGUUUUUAAGGAUCCUUUACGCCUCCUUAGGCAAAAUUGCACCAGUGCGGGUUUUAAUGAAGGUAACAGCUCCGGAGAAACUGCCACCCGGUUUGCCCGAAAAUAUCCAUAUAUCUCCUUGGAUGCCGCAGCUCAUGGUAUUGAAACAUUCUAAUAUAAAAGCCUUUAUCACUCAUGGCGGAUUGAUGAGCACGCAAGAAGCGAUAUCAUGCGGUGUCCCUAUGAUCGGUAUACCGCUUUUCCUCGAUCAAUUUACGAAUAUCAAUGCCUACGUUGUCAAAAACAUUACUAUACGACUGGACAUUAAUGAGAUUACCGAAAGAAGCAUGGAUGCAGCCUUAAAUGUAAUAUUACAAAACCUUCUGUACAGGGAAUCUGCGCAGAAUCUAUCCCGACGAUUCCUCGAUCGACCAAUAAAUGCUAUUGACACAGCUACUUAUUGGAUCGAGUACGUCAUCAAAUACGGUGAAAAUUCUUUGCGAUCGCCUGCGAUGGAUAUGACCUGGUGGCAAUUGUCUCUCGUCGAUGUCAUAGGAUUUCUUCUCUUUUGCGCAACAAUCAUUAUUACUGUAAUAGUAUUCAUUAUGCAAUUCAUAUUGAAAUUGAAGCACAAAGAUAUUAAUACGUUAUAUUCAAAAAAGUUUAAAGCUCAUUAAUUAUUAAGUAUAGAUAAAUAAUUCAGUGCGUUUUGUUUCAUAUUUAUAUCUUUGCACAAACAUUUAUCGAAGAAAACAUAAUUAUAUAACUUUGUUAAUAAAAGUAUUGUGGAACCUAAAUAAAAGAGCAUCGUGUUUUUCUAAAUGCAUA